CGCGGCGACGACGGGACGAGCGACGACCCUGGGCGGCGCAGAGCCCAUCGGGAUCUACCCGCGGUGGGGGUCGAUGUGCUGGGAUCGGCGGUGCGGCGUGUUGCACAAACCGAUCCGCGUGUUCGUGCUGUGGUACGGCGCCUUCUCCGACGCCCAGAAGCGCACCGUUCGCUCCUUCGUCGCGUCGCUCAGCCCCAACGCGGACUCCGCUGUCACCGUCCCAUUUUGGUGGAACAUCAACCGCCUCUACUACGACCGGGACGGCAACUACAUAUCGCCAUCCGUAACGUGGGGCGGCGAGGUGGAGGACCGAGCGUACAGCCUGGGCAAGGUGCUGCUGACGACCCACGUGGAGGGCCUGCUGGGGUCCGCCAUCAGCAGCAAGCGCCUUCCCCACGACCCCAAUGCCGUCUACUUCCUCCUCUCGGACGACCUCGUCACACAGAAGUGGGGCAACCUGAGCACGUCUGAGAAGUUCUGCACGCACUUCUGCGGGUGGCACUACCACGCCUGGGCCGACAUUGACAUCCGCGCGUCGCCCUCUCUGGCCCCCACGGGCGACCAGGGCAUGGACGGCCUCGUGUCCGUCUUCGCCCACGAGCUCGCAGAAGCGGCGUCCAGCCCCUUCAUCUCCACGUGGUUCGACGGGGAUGGCUAUGAGAACGCCGACAAGUGCGCCUGGAAAUUCUCUCCCCUAGUCCUGGACACCUCUGGCACCAAGUACAACCUGCUUCGCUGACCUAAUAAACAAGAUAUUUAAUC